CACCGGCAGAGGGCGCUCGGGGCCUGGCUGAGCCGGUCACGUCUGCUGGUCACAACCAGCACAGCCAAGUCCCAGAGCCUGGUGGGAAGGGGGCUUGGGACAGUUGGGACCUUUGUCCAUGCGGAACAGCAAGACGGAGCCUGUGGCUGGUGUGGCUGCCGAGCAGGGCCAGGCCGGGCCCUGCCCGCAAGGACGCCCAAGCUCUUCGGCCCCAGCGCCCGGGAGCCCGCCAGGCUCUCUCGCUGAACCUGCCAUGACUUCUGAGCCCACGUCACCCCCAACGGUGCCCCCUCUCCACUCCCCCAAAUCUCCUGUCUGGCCCACCUUCCCCUUCCACCGGGAGGGCAGCAGGGUCUGGGAGCGCGGUGGCGUCUCAUCCCGGGACCUGCCCAGUCCUCUGCCCACCAAGCGGACCAGGACAUAUUCAGCGACAGCCCGUGCCUCGGCUGGCCCAGUGUUCAAGGGCGUCUGUAAGCAGUUCUCACGCUCCCAGGGCCACGGCUUCAUCACCCCCGAAAAUGGCUCCGAGGACAUCUUUGUGCAUGUAUCUGAGGGCUGCAGCAUCGAGGGGGAGUACGUGCCAGUGGAAGGCGACGAGGUGACCUACAAGAUGUGCCCCAUCCCACCCAAGAACCAGAAGUUCCAGGCCGUGGAGGUGGUGCUCACCCAGUUGGCCCCACACACUCCCCACGAGACGUGGUCCGGCCAGGUCGUGGGCUCCUAGGCUGGGUGGCUCAUGUGUCAGGCGCCGGGCGGGCGGGGAGCCACACAGGGUAGAUGGGCAGCAGCGGGCUCCAGGCCCCCCUGCACUGGCUGACCCCAUCCCCUGGGCGGCCUCAGCAUACACGUCUGUCUGUCUGUGCUCGUGGCCGUGAGCGUGUGCCUCCAUCUCUCCUCCCCCCCAGUGCCCUGUGACUGUUGUGUGAGCUGGACCAAGGGGAGGCCAGCAGACCUGCCUCCUCUGUGUCCUUGCUCUCGUUCCCCUCCCUGCCACAUCCGCACAGGACCCUCUCACCCUCCUGUCCACUGAGCCUCCGAGGGCCCGCGUCAGGCCUGGGCCUGGGCGGCAGGGGGCACCAGUGGGCCCAUCCCUACAAGCUUGUUCCCCUUGCCUCUGCCCCAGGCCUGGCCCAGGGACCAGACUCUGCUUCUGCUACUCACACCCCUGCCCUGGACUUGGGUCUCCCACCGUGGCCUGUACCCCUUCCCUCAGAAGCCAGGCCUGGGAGGUUCUGGGGGAGCCUCCCAGCCUCUGGCAGGGGAGAGAGGGCAGCCCUUGGAGUCAGACAGACCCCUCCUCACUGCCAUGGGCCCAGCCUUCCUUUCUUCCAUCGGCUCUCUCUCAGCAUCCCGGAGAGGCAGGCGAGGAGCUGAGGGCAGAAGGCGGUUUUGGCGUCUGGGUUUUGCCAGCCACAGUUCUCCUCAGCCUAGCGAUGGCUCUGCGGAUUCAAGGUUGUGUCCCCUCCCCAGGCCACAUUGAGCCACAGAUCUGCGGAGGGGUGGGGGCACAUCUCUCGCAGCUUGGGUGGAGCCGGCUUUGCCCCGACCCACAAACUCCGCUGAUGCUCUGCCCAGGCCCAGAUAAGACGGCUGCUGAGGACCUGGUGAUACAGACGCACGUCCCCUCAGGCAGGGCCAGGCACGGGCACCCACAGAAUGGCCCUCAGCCUGAGACCACCAGCCAUGCAGGCCCUUGCUGGACCCUCUUUCUAAAGCUGCAGUAGGACUGCUGGCCCCAGCGGCCAGGGGCUGAGGGGAGUGUGUGUGCGUGUGUGUACGUGUGUAUGUGUGUUUGUGUGCAUUCACUUUUGGGUGGGGGGUUAGGCUGCCCUGGGAGAGGCUUUGCCUCCAUCCCCACCACACACCUUCCUAGAGAACACAUCAUUUGAUGGGAAAAGAAAUGGCAGCCUGCCAGGGACAGUGACCCUUGUGAGACCCGGUCUGUGAAUAAAACAGGGGCUAAAUGCCCAGGAUGAGGGGUUAUCUGUUUAGAAGGAUCCUCAGCCUCACAGAUUCCUCGAGGCCCUAGGGUAGAGAUCAGAUCAGUUGGGGUACGUGCACCCCCACCCGUGUUCCCAAUCCCUACCAGGUUGGUCCCCACAAACUGGGAACGGCCCCAGCUGGACACCCCACUCUGAGCUGGAGCUUCUGACAAGGCCUGAGGACUUGCCCCAGAGGAACAAGGACUUCCUGGCUUCCUCAGUAGGUUUAUCGGUGCAGGUUAACUCCUGGGAGCCCCCAAGACUCCCUCCUGUGAGCAGACCCCCCCAUUUUUAGGCACUAGCCAGGAGAUAAGAUGUGGCUGCCUAGGAGGCAGAGGGACGGCAGGCUCCUGCAUACCCACAGCCCCGCAGUGUCGAGUCCGAAAUCCUCCCAAGACCCCCAGCCGCCUGGACGCCCCCCAUCCUUCCUAACACUGGCAAUAAACCCUCAACUGUGACUCA